AUGAUCAUCAUUUCCGUUCCAAUGCAAACUGACCUCCAUAUCUUUUAAAGUUAAGUGUUUCAAAAUUUUUAGAAAGGGUGUUAAACAUGUUUUCAUUAGCGGAAUGACUUUAUAGCGUAUUGACACAUUGUGCGGAUCUUUUCCCCAUUAUAAUUUACAGAUAUUCAUAUAUGAGAAGGUUUUUACAUUUGAAAUGAAUAGAACAGAAGGACUUGUUUUGAGAAAAAAUGCAGUUGCUCACAAUAUCGAGCGAACAAACAAUAAAGAUGAUGAACCUGAAAAACAUCUUUCUGAUGAAAAUGAAGAGGAGGACGUUGAUUCUAAAGAAACUAGGCUUACAUUAAUGGAAGAAGUAUUGUUAUUAGGUUUAAAGGACAAGGAGGGCUAUACUUCAUUUUGGAAUGACUCCAUAUCAUCAGGCUUGCGUGGUUGCAUUUUAGUGGAACUGUCUCUGAGAGGUAGAAUAGAGCUUGAGAAAGCUGGAAUGCGUCGUCGUAGCUUGUUAAUGAGGAAAGUGCUUAUUAAAAAUGAUGCUCCUACUGGUGAUGUAUUGUUAGACGAAGCUCUGAAGCAUAUUAAAGAGACAGACCCACCAGAAACACUACAAAGCUGGAUUGAUUAUCUGAGUGGUGAAACAUGGAAUCCUUUGAAAUUAAGAUACCAACUACGAAAUGUUCGUGAAAGACUUGCUAAAAAUCUAGUAGAAAAGGGUGUGCUGACCACAGAAAAACAGAACUUCCUCUUAUUUGAUAUGACAACCCAUCCACUGACAGACUCUAGCACAAAAACUAAAUUAGUCAAAAAAGUUCAAGAUGCUGUGCUAAGCAAAUGGAUCAAUGACCCACAUCGCAUGGACAAACGUAUCUUAUCUUUAAUUAUACUUGCACAUUCUUCUGAUGUAUUGGAAAAUGCAUUUGCUCCUUUAUCAGAUGAUGACUAUGAAGUUGCAAUGAAACGUGUUCGUGAAUUGCUUGAACUAGAUGUUGAAGCUGAAAGCAUGAAACCCAAUGCAAAUGAAGCGAUGUGGGCUGUAUUUGCUGCUUUUAUCAAAUGAAGUUUUGUGUAUUACCUUUUUAAUUAACAUUCUAUUAAGCAGCAAUUUAAAUCUUUUCCUAGAGCAUUUUUUGAGCUCUGUAAUGCAAAAUAUUUCAAUAUAUCAGUUUUUGAGGAUUAUUUCUCCAUAUAAAGAAAUUUAAAUUUAAUAAAAAUUUAAGAAUUUGAUAAAACAAACUAUAGAAUGUUUUUAGUUUUAAAUAUUUUGUUUUGGGAAUGGGUAAAAAAAAAAGAAUUAACAUGUUUUGCAUAUUAAUCAAACUGUUAUCAGUAUUUUUAAAUCCAUAAUAAAAAUAUGAAGAAAAAAUAUUCUAAGUAUUUUUAUCACUACAUUCCUUUAUUUUUUGUCUUUCUUGCACUGUGGUGACUGUUUAUGUUGAAUAGGUAGUAUUGCUAGAUCAAAUAUGUAAAUGCAUUUUAUUUUAAAAGGCUUAACUUUCAGUGGCAGAAUGUUAUAUAUUUUUAUACAACUGUAAGCUUUUUAGAUUUAGUUUAACUAUUGUUUAUGAAACUUUAGAAUAAACUAUGAUAAUCAUUUUUAAUGCAAACAAGUAAUAUCUCUUAAAACCCAACUUAAUUGUAACUUUUAAUUUUUUUAAUUGAAUAUAAACAGUUAAACUAAUCUCAUUGCUGAAAUAUAAACUUGUGAGCAUUUGAAGGUAGCUGACUUAAAAUUUAAAAAUUUAUGUAAUAAUCAGUAAGAAUUGAUAUGGAUAUCACAAAUGUUUUGUUGGUGAAGGGAUAAGAUAAAAAAUUUUGGGGGGUUUCUUUCUAUUUGAUAUUUUAAAAUUGCAUCUGAAAUUUUAAGAAUUCUAUAUACACCCAUAUUUUUCCCCCUUUUUAUACUUUUUUGGUUUGAAUGGAUUGAAGAGCAGUUUCCUCAUAUUUUCAAGUUUUUCUGGGAGUAUAAUAAAUAUAAAAUUCUAUCCUAACUUAGCAGAAUGUUAUAUUCUUGAUACUUUUCUUCCCCAUCUUUUCUGAAUCAGUAUAUUCAGUUAAGUGUAAUCUUUUCCCUUGUAAAGGCAAAUAGCUCUUAUGUGCUGUACCAUAUUCAAUUAAAUAAACUUUUUUAUUUUAAUAAAUUGUGAAAACAUGUUUAUUCCUUUGUCCAUUCAAUUUUUGAUAUUUAAAUUUUUAAAAGCUGGAAUCCAUGCGGUGUUUAUAUAUAAACUAAUUUAAGAAUUUUAAAAUUUCUGGCAUAUAUUAUUUUUCAAUUAGUAAGAGAGGUAUUUACUUGUUAUAAUAUCAGUGAACAAUGUCUGCUAUACAUCUCAUUAAAUUGCUUUGAAUAUUUGGCAGUUGCAUUGUUUUCAUCAUUUAUUUAAAAAAGUGAAAAUUUUAGAAGUUUAACUAAGAAAGUUUACCUUCUUUCAGAUCAUUUUAAAGAGCACUUUGUAAUUAGUAUCAAAUUAAUACUUAAAAAUUUUUCAAUGUAUAUUGUUGUGCUUUUUUUAAUAAGUCCUAGUAACCCAGAAUAUGUUUAACAAUCUAGUCUUCUUUUAAGAUAAUGAACAAUAAUAUGUAUACUACAGUCUUGUUUACAGAGAUUGGUUUGUUUCUGUUUUAUUUUUUAUAUAACUAGGGCAUUUAUGAUGCAGUUGUAAUAUAUAAUUAGUGUGGCCUUAUGCAUGCGUGUUAGUAAUUUCAAUUUCAUACAUUUUCAUACUGUAAACUUAAGUGUUGCUCAAUGUAUUCCUAUUGCUUUGGUGAAAGAAAUGUAAAUUAUUAUGGGAAUGUAAAUAUGUAUAAAUGGUUUCUCUGGGUAUUUUUUAAGAAAUAGUUCUAAGGACAGAAUGAAGAUUCUUUUUGUCUGUAAAUUAGUUUCUUCUGUUUUAAGAAUGUUAAUUGAAAAAUAUUUUUGAACUUUUGUGGCAGAUAGUUCUACUACUUUUUGUAGUAUAUAAAUUUAUUAAUCACAGUUAUUUUGGAACAUUUCACAAGAUUUUAAUCAUUUCUCAUAGAAUACAUAUAUGUAGUGAACUAUAUUUAAAUUACUAAAUAUCUUUUAAAAUUAUAGAAAUUUUUGUAAUUAUUUCUAUUACUAUUAGUACUUCUUUGAAGUACAGAGCUAGCAAAUUUUACUUAUUUAGAAAGUCUGCAUGGUUUUAUAUUACCUAAAUAAUUAUACAAAAAUAUUAUGUAUCUGAACUGGUUCUUGUCCAAAAUUAAAUAAAGCUGAAUUUAAUUUACAUAAUAUGAAUAUGUUAAUACUUAGAAAUUAAAAAUUUGGGUGCUUUUCUAUUAUGCACCUGCCACGCUUUUUGGCCUCUGUGAAAGAGAAGCCAAACACUUGUCAAGACCCAAUGAUAGCACCAUCUGGAGACUAUUUGUGUGUGUAAGUAAGAAUAAUUCAACACUCGCACGCAUAUUACUACAAUCUUACUAUCAAAAUAUGUGCAGGUGCAUAACAGAUAAGUACUAAAAUUUGUUUUGUUGUCUUUUAUAAUACAUAAAACUAAUAUACUGAAAAAUGUUACAUUUGGAUUUCUUUUUAUGAAUAAAUUACAUAUUUCCCAUGGGCAAUUUUAUAUACGUGUAUAUUGGUCAUACAAAAUUCUAAAAAUGCAUUAGAGGAAAAGUUAUGUCCAUCUUGUAAGAUCUUAAUAUAGUUUGUGACAUAAAAUGACAAAAUUAUUUUAACCAAAAAAGUAAAAACGCAUGUGGUGGUAGAACUUUAAAUAGGUGACAUAAAUGUUUUCUAUAGAUUAAAUUAGGCACUAAUAUAUUAACUGUCAGUCUAUGAAUUGUUAAGCUAUUUUCCAUUUGCAUACUUGAAAAAGUACCCUGAAUUGAUUCAUGCUAUAAAUUGAUAUAUGAAGAAAAAGGUAAAAGGGUUAUAUAUAUAUAUAUAUUUUAAGUUAAGAUUACAAGAUGUUUGAUAUAGUUGUAGUGAAUUGAACAGUAAUUUUAUGAUAAUGAGGUCUUUUUCUUCUUUUUUUUCUUUUAAGAAAGUAGAGUGAAAGAGUAGUGAAAUUUUUUGUAAUGCGAAAUGAGGAAACAGUUACCAUUGAUUUUUGUGUAAUCUAUUUUUUAGUGUUUUCAGGCUUCCUGAAAAAACUAUUAGAUUAUACCAAAAAUGCAUAAAACCUAAUAUAGUAUUAAAAGCAUGAAUGGAGUGUUAAAUGCACUGUCAUUAUAAAUAAUACGCUUCCAUACAUUAUCAUAAGUAUCUUUCAAAAUUUGGAAGACUGAAAGCAUAAUGGAGAGGCCUAUGUGAUGGUAGAGAUGAUGUCUUAAACCGAGUUAGAGGUACAGAAGAGUAAAAUGAAGAUCAUCUGUCAUAAUUUUCAGGGGUGGUAUGGUUAGACUUUUUUAUUAUUUACCUGUUAAGUAUUUAGUUUUAGUUUAUGAAUGUAUAAACUACUUUUAUUCAUAGUUUUGAUAUUUGUCAACAUUUUCUAUACUUUUUCUUAUUUAAUUUAUAAAACACUUCAAAAAGUAAUAUGUAUUUAAAUAAAUGUAAUUACAAAACAGUUUUUUUUAAACAAAAUAUAAAUAUGCCUAGUAAUUUCGCACUUUAAGCUGCAGAAAAUUAUCAUUAAAGGCAUAAAGUAAGAAAUUUAGAACUAAUGUUUCACAAAGACGAAAAUUUUGAAAUUCAUAAUUAAUAAAUUUCAAAUAAUCUAAUAAAUGCAGCAAAGAAUUUAAUAAAUAUAAAAACCAAAACUUUUAAGCAAUCAAUGCCCCAAUUCAAAAAAAUUCUUUAAAGAAAUUAAAAGAGAAAGAACAUAACAGAAGAGUAAUUCAGUCAACUUCAGUGCCACUUCAUCAAGGGAAAGGAACAUUGAAAUCAAUUGAAAUCUUUGCCUUUCUGUUUCCAGAAUUAGCUGAUGAACCAUUUCAAUGUAUUUUAAUUAUAAUAGGUCACCCAAAAAUUCUGGCCCUUCCCCAAAGCAAGGAAAAAAAUUCAGUUAGAAGUUGUACUUUAAAUAAAGAGAUUUCUAUUUUGUGUAAAGAAUUGAAACCAAAAGUGAAUAAUUAAAAUACUUCAGUGAAAAAAAAUGAAUCAAAAUUUUACUUUUUAAACAUAUAUCACAUAAUCCAAAAUAUUUUAAACUUUAGUGAAAUUUUAAAACUUCGGUGGAAAAACUAGUUAAAACUCACAAGAAGUAAAUAAAAACCUUGAGCUAGUAAAUCGCGAUUUGCAGUGACUUACAGGUUUGCCAUUUUGGAUUCAUGGAGGCAAAACAAAAAAACCUUGGCGAGAAAGUAAUCGCUCAAAAGGCUAAAAUUUGGAACAUAAGAUGGAAGUUUAAAACCAAAAAAAAAAAAAAAAAA